UUUCCUCCCUGUGCUUUUCCUUGCAGCUCUGCCACAGCCUCCAUCAACAUCAGCUCCUGUGUGUAGGCCUUCUUCACAGGGUGAAGGUUUUGCACCACCUCACGCAGCACAAUCAGCACCUACACCAAUGCCGUCUGCACUGACUGAAACCCCUGUUCCCAGCUACUUGAACAAAAAAAUUAUGCCACAGCCUUCACCAGCAUCACAUGCAGUCUCUAGUUCUCCCAGUCCACCAGCUCCUGUGUGUAGGCCUUCUUCACAGACUGAUGGCUCUGUACCACCUCCUGCAGCACAAUCAGCACCUACAGCUCCUGCAUCAAUGGCGUCUGCACAGACAGAAGCACCUGUUACUAGCUAUUUGCAAGAUAUUAGCCACUGAAACUGCUCUCUUCAUCAAAGAAUUUGGAUGAAAACAGAGAUGGAGUCCAUGGGGCUCUGGCCAGGAUUACACCCAGUAAGACACCUCAUGAAUAUGGUCACCUUGUGGCGCUAUCCACCUCAGCCUGAGCUUAUAGAGACAAACAUGGGCCUUCCGUCACCAAAGUACUUCCAGCUCCAUCCCUUUUUCAUUUGGAAACCUGAGCACAGUAUAAAUGAAAGGCUUAGAAACAACUACGUCCUGCCCUGUCUCUACAGCUGUCCAAAUCCUCAUGUUGUGUCCUCAGGUGUGGGAAGACCCAGAGUGAUCCUUGGCACUAGUGGGCAAUAUUACAUCCUUGCUUCACGUCUGUGCUGUAAGGCAUGUAAAAAAUACUGGUUCGCUGAUAAACCUCAGUGGGUGGACAUGCUACCACAGCGAUUUAGAAACAUCUUGCCAGCCUCCCUCACCCAUAAGAAGGCAAUCUGUAAAACGGUGAUGGAUGAACUGAGGCGCUCUGGAAAAUCCCCCAAUGACAUGGCCAACCAGCUGUCUGAGGUGCUUCACCUUAAAUUUGAAAGAGCCCACCUUGCUUACCUUCUCAUUGUGCAGAACGUCAGGGAUGCUGAAGCAGGGCUGUAUGGCCAGAAAACCAUCACAGGAGCAUUGAGGAGGGAUGACACACCUGCUUCGUUUGGGGGUUACGAAGACACUGAUGGGUGGCAUGGGGUGUCUGUGUCUGCACAUUAUCUGGUGGAGUGCCUACUUCAGGAAUAUCAGCGGCAAGAGGCAGCUCUCACUCAGAGAAGGCAGAAGAGAGGUCCUGGGUCCAUCGGUCCUGGGUCCAUCACAAGGCACUUUUGGACAGGUGUUCAGGUCAGAUCACACACGCAAAGUUGCUAG